AUGCUUGCGAGAUCUCUUCCCCUUUGCUUAUCCUGUUGUCAGGUGACUGUCGUCCGAGCUGCAGACUCGAAGGUCUCUACUAUUGUCCUAAGGGGGGCUACUGGCAACUUCCUCGACGAGGUUGAACGCGCUAUUGAUAAUGCUGUCAAUGUGGUUCGAUGCUGUGCUGUGAAGGGUCAGAGGGAGUUCGUCGUUGGUGGCGGCGGAUGUGAGAUCUCUCUCAGCCUUGACGUUGCUGAGUUCGGUCAGGAGUGUUCCGGCCUCGAGCAAUACGCCGUUUUGAAAUUUGCAGAAUCAUUUGAAGUUGUUGCGAACAUCAUAGCUGAGAAUGCGGGUCUCAAUGCUAUGGAUGCCGUCACGAUGUUAAAGGCCGCUCAUGCUUCUGGUAAGAACAGAAUGUGUGUUGAUGUUGAUGCACCCAACCGACGAGCCUCCCCUAUUUUGUCCAAGUCCAUACUGGAUAAUCGCGGCAUCAAGUCUUGGGCUAUACGAUUGGCUAUUGACGCCGUGCUGACUAUCCUCAGAAUUCAGCACAUCAUCGUGGCCAAGCAGGCCGGAGGCCCUCAGACCAAGGUGAUACCAUUGUCGCGCAAACGGUUGCAUACAUUGUUCGAUGUUUGA